UGCGUCGUCCGAAUCCGCGGGAUGCAACCGGAAUCAUCGCAGCGCAACGAAACGUCAUGGGAUCCGAUCAAUGUGUUUCAUCAUGGCACGCAAUGCAAAUACGCGAUUGUCGUGCUGAACUGUCCGAUAUAUUGGAAGCACAGCGUGUUGCUGCAACUCUGGCAAAACGCUCAAAUCACCGUUACCGUGGACGGCGGGACCCACAGAUGGCUCAGAUACUUGGAGGAGCAAGAGAUAGAUCUGAUCAGUGGCGAACACGAGCAAUACGUGCCCGGUCUCAUUACGGGGGAUUUGGAUAGUUGUUCGCACGCGCUUCUGAACAAGCUGAGAAAUAUGGGAUCUGUUGUCGUACAGACACCUGAUCAAGAUAACACAGAUUACACCAAAGCCCUGCUGCAAGUCGGACAUUACGCCAAGACAAGAAAUCUAGAGUUGGAUGAAAUAUACGUGCUUGCAGAAACGUCGGGGAGAUUUGAUCAUAUCAUUGGCAAUAUCAAUACCUUGUACAAAUGUGAUAAGCUUGUGGGUGAUAUAAAGGUGAUACAAUUUGCGAGAAAUUCUUUAACGUGGAUUUUAAGACCCGGUUUGCACAAGAUACGUAUACCGGAAAUUCUGGUGCAGCAACAAUCUUGGUGCGGUUUACUGCCGUUUGGAUGUCCAGCUAGUCGCAUAACAACGACUGGUUUGAAAUGGAAUUUAAAUAACGGAACUAUGGAGUUCGGCGGGUUAGUAAGUACUUCGAACACGUAUAGCAAUUCCGAAGUAACCGUGGAUACGGACACGCCAAUAAUCUGGACUAUGGGCAUAGAACCUCUCGGAGAGAUGAAUAACGGAACGUCGUAACAUUAUUGUUAUCAAAAUAGCACACACAAAUGUUUGUCGCACGCGGGACACGGGUUUUAAAUUUAAAAAGAAAUGCUCAACACCGAGAUAUUUAAAGUACGUUUGGAUAAACGAUGAGACAAAGUUGGGAAAGUAUUUCUCUUGCUUUGAAUUUGUCAAACACUUAAUCUUCGGUAAUCUAACUACUGAUUUUGUGUACUUAUGUAACAAUUUUACGUAUACAAAAGCGAGAAACGAUGUUUUAGCCGUUUAGUUGUUCCUUCCAAAAAAAACUUACAACUUUAAUUUAAAGUAUCACGUUAAGUCCAGUUGUAAUCCCAGUGCAAAUUGUAACGCUGUCAGCAUAAGUACAUUUGUGAAGUUACAUAUAUUUUUUAUAGACAGAUUUUAUCGUUCACGUUACACAUUUAACAGAGUACAAACUGUAUGCGUAAUAAAAGUAUUUAAUUUUUUCUCAUAAUGUGACUUGAUAGUAUCACGCGCGUUAUGUGCGCGUUUGUUAUCGCGCAGCGCAUUUACCAGCCAAGUCUCGAAUAUGUGCGUAGUUGUGAUGUUAUACACAUUCCUUUAGACCGAUAUUAGUUGAGAUGAAUAUAAAUUGCAGCUUGUAACGUUAGAUUUCCGAUUGAUAUUGACGGAUCCACCGAAACCAAAGCUACGACGAGGCCACAUGACAACUUAAUGAUUAAUUAAAACAC